AUGCUGUGGCUGUACGUCACGAUCCUCACGGCCUCCUACUCCACCAACCUCACGGCCUUCCUCAUCGUGAGUCGCCCUCCGGCAAGUAUCGAGACGGUGGAGGAGCUGAGGAAGGCGGGGCUGGAGGUGGCGGGCCUCGGGGACUUCUACAGGAGGGCCCUUGCAUCGGCGGGGGAGGCGAACCUGCAGGCCCUGACGAAGACCUACAAGGGCCACAGCUCAGUGGAGACGAUCCUUCCCAGGGUGCUCGACGGCAGCGGCGUCUUCCUGCAGAACAGCGCCUACAUCGAGUACGUCACCGCCUCCAGGUUCACUCGCAAGGGCGUCGCGGCGACCAGGAUGAUGAAGGUGCUUCUGCCUGCGGAGUGUUUCGCGCCCUACAGCAUCGCCCUGGCCGUCCAGAGGCACUCCCCGCUCAAGGAGCAGCUCGACAAGGUCCUCGGGAGGCUGAGGGACAGCGGCCUCAUCCGCCAGUCCUUCCUGCGAUCCCUCCGGCGCGCGGCGGCGGCCCAGGACACGCGAGGAGCCGAUGCCGAAGCCGAAGACAACGGGGUCAUCCCUCUGACCUUGGACCAUCUCCAGGGCAUCUUCCUUGUGGCUUGCCUCGGCUGGGGAGCCUCCCUGGCGGCCUUCCUUGCAGAGCUUCUGAUGGGGAGGAGGAAGAGGAAGAGGGAGGAGUCCAGUUAG